AUGUCAACUAAAAUAACAACUCUUCAACUCGCACUUGCUCUUCUCGACGGUAAGACCCCCGCUGCACUCUCGGAGUCUUACGAUUUUUUCAAUGGCGCAGUCACCCCACAAUAUUUUGUUUCUGCACUCCGUGGAGAUUUCUCGGAACUUCAAAAAGCAUACCCCGACCUCACCCUUCAAAAUGCUGCGACUUUGGAAAUCCCAGCCGAUUUUCGAUUAUUAGUCGGUGUUGCUUUAUUAAACGGAUUUGUCCGAAUGAAUUUUGUUGGACCAUUCAACUUACCGAAAGACGAGGAGUCUGAAAAGGAAAUUCAAUAUUUGACAAUCGACGCUGAACAGGUGAACGCCCAUAUUCAAAAUUCGUUGUGGCUGCACACAGCUGCAAAGGUAUUUGGUAUGUUAAAGGACAAACAAGUUCCGCUCAUAUCGUGGUUCAUUGGGAGACAAGCUACUAUUCAUCAACGUGUUUUGUUGAAUCCGGGAGAGUCGUUAUACACCAGAAUUGGCCUGAGUUACAGAGAAACACUCAAGAAUCUCGAAGAGAUGAAAGAAGACUUGGGCAAAGUGUUUUACGAGCGUAUUUCGUAUAAAGCAAAUAUGGAAUUGGCAGUAGGGUUGUGGGCUUCCGAGCAAUACAAAAACGUCACUGAAGAGCUCAAGAUCAUUUGUGAUCGAUAUAAAGUUUUUGUGGAGAUGAGUGGUGCAAUGGGGUCGAGGACCAAAUACCAAGAGAAACAAACUGCACAACUCCUUUUGAAAGUGGAUCGAUUGCCACACCCCUUGAGCGAAAUUAAGAGACAAAAAUGUGAACAGUUGUUGAAGGAAACGGAGUUGGACUCUGACAGUGAUAUGUUAUCAUACGCAAGUUAUAGUGGCGACACUGCAUAUACUCCGUUGGCGACAUACGACGAGGCUUAUGUGUUGUUGAUGUGUAUGAACAAAUAUAGAAAGCAGAGUCGUGGGGAUUUGAUUCUUGAAGAGGUCAUCACAUACUGCAACAGACUUCUUCGAGACAGAAUCGACUUCUCGACAUUCCUUAUGACUGUUUUACUUAAGUCGCGAUACGAGGCGACUGUUACACACUUUUUGUGGCGAUCUGUGAACCAAGCUGACGAAAUUGUCAAGAUGCUCGAAAGUGGCGAUGACAAGUUCUUGGCCGAAGAAAGACUCGAGAGUAUUUACAUGACAUUGUUCCCUCACAUUUUUGCUCUGAGAAAGGAAGUUGGCAUGCGGAUGUUGUUAAUGGGUGAUCCAUCGGCUGCGAUCAAUUACUUUUCGUCACUUGACAUGAAAAAUGAAAUCGUUGCCGCCUAUUUAUCUCUUAAUGAGCGCGAAAAGGCGAAGAACUUGGCAAAUGAAAUGAUGGAGAAGGGAGAUAGAAACUCCGAGUUGCUCACAUUGAUGUUUGAAUUGACACAUGAUACAAAAUACCUCGAGGAGUGCUGGGUGAACUCCAACAAAACUUACCUCAACGCGCAACGUGUUUUGGGACAGUACUACUACAACAAUAAAGACUGGGAAAAGGCAAAAGAGCACUUUGAACUUUCUCUGAAGAUCAACCCACUUUACCAACGCAUUUGGUAUGCUCUUGGCAUUACCUACAUGCAGUUGAACAACCUCAAAGAAGCUAAAAACGCGUUUUUAAAAUCCGUCAGUUUGGACAACGAUGAUGGACAAAGCUGGGCCAAUUUGGCCUACGUCUACGUCACGUCAAAUAACAAGAAAGAGGCACAAAUAGCGCUCAAAGAAGCAGUCAGGAAUAUCAGAGACAACUACAACUUGUGGAACAACUUAAUCACAAUUUCUAUUGAUAUCCAAGACUACCGACAAGCAAUCAGUGCUGUUGUUGCGCUGUACGACAUCAACCGUAGUGAAGUAAGUCCACGUGUGCUUUCAAUGAUGUGCGACGUCGUCCUUCAAGACAUCCCAAUGCACAACGGCGAGACUGGUCGCGCGAUGUUAGGCUUCAUGAAGCCAAUUCUUAAACGAAUUCUCAACGACUUCAAAACGACGGACAAACUCUACCUUGUCGCCAAGGAAGGCCUUUCACUUUUCGAACAAAUCUAA